ACCGAUUCUGAUGCUCUAAGAAAUAAUGGGUGAUGCGUUCAAUAAUAAGUCCUACCUUUUACCGAUUCCAUUGCUUGUCCAAAUUACAUUUACAAAACUAAUCCAACAUCAUCUUCUGCUUCACUCCAUUAUCCAGCUACCUACGGUUGAAAAAUCAUUUCUAAAUAUGCAUUCUAUGACUAUAUAUAGUUGAACCACAAGCAUAUUUGAGCAGACAUUACUCUACUCUUGCCUUUUAAAUGAAUAGAGGAUCCCAUUCCCACCUUGUUUAACCUGUACCCAAUAAUGGAUUGUUUUGCUUGCCCAUAUGAUGAUUUUGACAUGCACUCUUUCUCCACUCUCCCAGAUAGCGAUUCUUCUUAUCAGUGUUUCAACUAUGAAACAACACCAAAUUUUGUCCCUGCUGAGGUUUCUAAUUACUCUGUUGCCUCAGCAAAACCAACCAGUGACAUGAUCAUGCCUUCUUCCUCUCCAAUACCAUCCCAACUUAUUUCAUUCAACCACUUCAACAACCCUGCUUUGGUUUCUCAAGGUGCAUCUGAGGACAGUAUUUUCUCAAAUUAUGGUAAUCCCCCGAACCAAUUCGCUGCGAGGACCCCAACUCAAACUCAAGAACACAUAAUAGCCGAAAGAAAAAGAAGGGAAAAGCUCAGCCAGAAUUUCAUUGCUCUUUCUGCAAUUCUUCCUGGCCUUGCGAGGAUGGACAGAGGUUCUAUUUUGGGAGUUGCUAUCAUGUAUGUGAAACAAUUACAGGAGCAAGUGCAGACUCUGGAGGAGCAAGCAGCCAAGGAAGGAGUUGGAUCCGCACUUCUAGUAAAGAGAUCUGUUCUCUUCAUCAGUGAUGAUAGCCUAACAAAAUCUGAUAAAAUCUUUGACAACCACUGUUAUAAGUCACUCCCUGAAAUCAGAGUAAGAGUUUCUGGCAACGAUGUACUCAUCAAGAUUCAUUGUCACAAACAAAGUGGAUAUGAGACCAUAAUACUUGGAGAAAUAGAAAAGCAUGAUCAUCUCACUGUCCACAGUUUCAGCUUUUUGCCCUUUGGGAAUACCAUUAUUGAUGCAACUAUUAUUGCUAAGAUGAACAAGGAAAACUGCAAGACAUCAAAGGACAUCGUAAGAAGCCUGCAGCAGGCUUUGAAGCAGAUCAUUUGAUGGCGGAUAAUCGGUUCAAGGAAUCAAUGUCAGUGAUGUAUUGAUCAAUGAUCGCUGUAGUAGUGUAGUGUGUGGGAUUUCGACACAUAUGUUGCCGUUGUUCGAUCUAUUCUGUUCUUGUAUUUUUCCCUAGUUGACUAGUCUAUAUAAUCUUCAUUACUAUGUUUAAAUAGAAGUGAGUUUUGUUGGCUAA